AUCGUCAGAGAGUUGCGGGCUAGCUAGCUCGUGCCGAGCCGAGCCAACAUUUGCUGUGCGUUAAAUAUUUAGCAGGCGAUAACAUUGCACCGGUCGUCAGUCCGUUCACAGCGUGCUUUGUGCUGCCGCCUCGUAACAGUAACAUGAGCGACACCGUGAAAGAGUUCAGGGAGCAGGUGAGUUGCGAUGAGAAGUUGAGGUAGCAGUUUGAAACGUGUAGCUAGCGCAGGCGUUAGCGCCAGCUGCGCUCUGCGGGUCGGUUAGCGGCCGUACUCUUUGAUAAUAGGCCUCGCACUUGAGUUGAAUGUGUUCAAUGUCGCGUUUACCCGAGUAACGUUAACCGGGAGAGCACCGAGCGUUCAGAAGAUAUCAACAACAAUAACAGUGACGUCACGGGAUGUAGCUACAAACUGCGCUUUAUUUGCUGACUUGUUACGUACCGUGCUAAACUAUUGACGUAUUAAUUUCCAGUUCAUAUUAAAUAUUGAUGUAUUACAAUUCAAUAUGUAACGUUCAGAUGUAUAUAUUAUAUACUAUUAUAUAGUAAUGUAGGACAAUUCAAGCUAACAUAGACGUGUGACGUUAUUCAGCGAAUGUCUUUUAUUUGUGUACCUUUUUGGCUCUUACAGAAACCAACUUUCCUUAUCACCCUUGUUUGUUCUUUGUUAAGGUUGAGGUUGGAAGAAAGAAAAAGGCGGAAGACGUGUCAGAUGUGAAGUUGUUAUUAUUUGGCCCUGAUGGUGUUGAUGCAUGCUAAUGUGUUGGAUGCUGAACAGAAGCUAUCAAGAUCUGUCCCCACUACUACUAGUGUUGUCAUGGCAGAUGGACUCGCGGCCUGGUUCUAGGAGUGCGUCCCCUCGGGGUUCUGCAAUAUCCACCAGCCGCUCACCGGCAGGCUCAAAAGAUGGCUCCCGACGCUCCAGGUCGAGAUCCAGAUCCAAAUCCAAAUCUAGGUCCCGUUCCCAUCGAAGCUCACGCAGGCAUCAUUCCCGCUCUCGUUCCCGCUCCCACCGACGCCAUUCCAGGAGCCGAUCUCGUAGCUGGGAGUAUCGCCGGCACAGGAGCCAUAGCCGUUCCCCAAUGUCAAAUCGUCGGAGACACAUUGGCAACAGGGCCAACCCAGACCCACACAACUGCCUGGGUGUGUUUGGACUGAGUCUGUACACCACGGAGAGAGAUCUGAGGGAGGUGUUCUCUAAAUACGGCCCUUUGACUCACGUCAACAUUGUGUACGACCAGCAGUCGCGUCGCUCAAGAGGCUUUGCCUUUGUCUACUUUGAAAACUGUGACGACUCCAAGGAGGCCAAGGAGCGUGCCAAUGGGAUGGAGCUCGAUGGCCGAAGGAUCCGAGUGGAUUUCUCCAUCACAAAACGGGCCCACACACCCACUCCUGGAAUCUACAUGGGACGUCCCACAUAUGGUGGCGGUGGGAGCGGCGAAGGGGGAGGAGGCGGGGGAGGAGGCGGGGGGGGAGGAGGUAGCGGCAGCGGUGGCAGCAGUAACGGUGGUUCAUCGCGACGCGCCUCGAGGGACUAUGAGAGGAGCUACGACAGAGGCUGUGACAGAAGUUACGAUCGUGACUAUGAGCGCUAUGACGACAGAGAGUACAGAUCAUACAAACGCAGAUCUCCAUCUCCUUACAGCAGGGGGUACCGCUCUCGAUCCCGGUCACGGUCCUACUCACCACGUCACUACUGAGCAGUAAGAAAAGAAGGCAACUGCUUCAGUGAUAUUGUUCAGAUGCUUUCUUUUCCUUGACUUUUUAUGUUUGGUUUUUUUUGCUUUGUUUUUAGAGAAUGAAUAUGGUUUUGAAGGUCUAAAUAAAAUGGUCCCAGAAAUUCAGUCUGUCUAAGAACCACAAACUCUGUGAAUUUUUCAUAACCAAAUUUCUAGGCAAACUUGUGAGAAACUAAAAUUUUAGAAAAUAGAUAUGUGUAAACAGGCAACUUUGGAUCACAUAAAAAAAAUCCUAACAGUAAAACCUUUUAGGUGGUUUAUUCUCUGCUCGACAAGUUUGGUUUUUAUACAAGAAGGAUGUUCUUUGGUAUAUUAUGAUUUCUCAUUUUGCUCUUCAUAUGUAGCCUUCAAGAUCCCAGUUUGCGUUUAAUGUUUUAAAGACCAUCUUUCUAUUUAUUUGUGUGUUUUUCGGAUGUAAGUAUGUUUUUGGGGUGUUGUACAUACACAAAAAGAUACUUCUGUCUGUUGUUUAGUGACAGUUUGUAGUAAACUGUGAUGGCCACAUCGCACCGUGGUUUUAGAUGCAGGAAUGCUGCAAGUAUUGUUGCAGGUGUUGUUCCAUGAACUUCCAUCAAAACAGUUUGAGUUAUUUGGUGUGUUUUUUUCGUAACAGAAAUAAAAAUAUGACUGCUUA